CACUCUCCUCUUCCAUCUUCAUCAUCUUCUCAACCUUCUCUCUAUCCACUUCCCUUUUUUUCUCACUGAAAGUGUUACAUCUUUCACUCUUUUUUAAAGAAGCUUCAAUCUUUUCCCUUCUCCAGAACUAAAGAAAAUAAAAUAUUUCGAGAUGGAACUCAUCCCUAAUCUCCCCUACGACGUAGCUCGCGAGUGUCUCCUCCGCUCCUCUUACAAACAGUUCCCUGUUAUGGCCUCCGUUUGCAGAGGCUGGAACCGUGAAGUGUCUCUCUCUGAGUUUUUCCAGCAACGAAAAGCUUCAGGUCAUAGCCAAGAGCUUCUCAUCAUGUCGCAAGCUCGUGUCGACACGGACAGAGAGCCCGGAUCCGGCAAGAAUUCCGCAUCGCCGGAAUACCGGGUCGCUGUUCUUGAAUCCGGGUCGGGUCUCUGGACGGAGCUUCCUCCGAUUCCGGGUCAAUCCAACGGACUGCCUCUGUUCUGUAAACUUGUUUCUAUCGGGUCGGAUCUUAUUGUGUUGGGUGGGCUUGACCCGGUUACAUGGCAGGCCUCUGACUCGGUCUUCGUCUUCAGUUUCCUCAACUCCAAAUGGCGCGCAGGGGCAGUUAUGCCAGGUGUCAAGAGAUCGUUCUUCGGCUGCGCUUCGGAUUCAGAUCGGACGGUGCUGGUUGCCGGUGGACACGACGAAGAGAAGCAAGCGCUGACGUCAGCGAUCGUGUAUGAUUUGGCGGAAGACAAGUGGACGUUUUUCCCGGACAUGUCGCGGGAACGAGACGAGUGCAAGGCGAUUUUCCACGCUGGCAAAUUCCACGUCAUCGGUGGAUACGCCACGGAGGAACAGGGGCAGUUCAGUAAAUCCGCUGAAUCCUUCGAUGUGUCUACGUGGCAAUGGGGUCCAGUGAAAGAGGAGUUUCUCGACGGCGGCGAAACCGUUAGCGCUCCGAUAUACGCCACCACGGGAGAAAACGGAGAUCUGUACGCGUGCUGGCGUGGAGAUGUCAUGGUGCUGAGAAAUGACACGUGGCUGAAGGUAGGCCAGAUCCCUGCUGAUGUGUACAGUGUGGCGUACGUGGCGGUGAGGCCGGGAAAGCUGACUGUGAUCGGCAACGGCAAGGCUUUGGCUGGCUACGGUGGAGCCACCGUAGGGUAUAUCUGUGAUUUAAGUAGCUUUCGAUGGGUAAAAUUAGAAACACAUGUUGGUCACGUGCAAGCUGGUUGCUUCUUGGAGGUUUAGUAUGAAAAGCUCCACUCUUUGGAGUUUGGACCUAAAUCCCAACAAAAACCAGUCUAGUGCAUAAAUCUUUCUUGGAAAGAAGAUAAGAAAUGUAGUUGUGUUUAUGCAAAUAAAUAUUAGUAUAUGAUAUUAUAUGGUAUUUUUUUCAUUUAUAAUGUGACGUCUACUAAAUAUCUAUGUUCUUACAAAAAUUUCAAUAGGAAAUAUAGAACUGUUAAGUUUU